ACCAUGAAGCUGUUAUUAGAAGAAUAGUUGUUGAAAUAUUGCUCUCUUAUCGCUGGCACUGCAGAUUUAUGAACCAAAAAUGUCAAAGUUAAAUUAACUAUACAAAGUUUAUGAUAUUGAAAACUACAUAUUAAUAUGCCCAUGUAACUCAACCGCCAAACAACUAACACAUUUGCUGUCCACAAAAUGAACGCUACUGGAUUCUUAACCUUUUGUUUAGUAAUUUUGUUGACACGUUGUGACACAUCGGUGAUCAAAGAGGUUCCUUCUAAAAAUGAAUAUGAAACAGAUGCUGAGGAUUUGAGAGAGGACAUCCCACAAAUAAAUGCAAAGUCCCAGAGAUUUUUGUUUCAAGGAGACAUUGCAGUGGUUCAAGAAAGGAAUGCCAUUAAAAAUACAACAAUGAGAUGGAGAUUCCCUAUUCCGUAUAUUCUGACGGAUAGCCUUGAGCUAAAUGCCAAGGGUGUCAUCUUACAUGCGUUUGAGCAGUAUCGUUUAAAGUCAUGCAUUGAUUUUAAACCAUAUGAAGGAGAGACAACUUUUCUAUCUUUUAAAAAGUUAGAUGGGUGCUGGUCUUUUGUUGGUGAUAAUCAGAAUGGCCAAGAUUUGUCCAUUGGUACAUGGUGUGACACAAAAGCUGUUGUUGAGCAUGAAAUUCUGCAUGCACUGGGAUUUUACCACGAGCAAUCAAGAACAGACCGUGAUGACUACAUUAAUAUUUGGUGGAAUGAAAUUAUUCCUGGUGAAGAGCAUAAUUUUGUUGAGUAUGCUGAUGACUACAUUACUGACCAGAAUACCCCAUAUGAUUAUGAAUCUCUGAUGCAUUAUGCACCAUUCUCCUUCAACAAAAACAAUAGUGUGCGAACCAUCACUGCAAAGAUACCAGCAUUUAAUGACAUUAUUGGACAGCGAUUAGACUUCAGUGCUCUUGAUCUGCUAAGGUUAAAUCGAAUGUAUAAUUGCACUUCCACUCUCACACUGUUGGACCAAUGUGCAUUUGAGUUCAAUAACAUCUGUGGCAUGAUCCAGGGAGAACAGGAUGCUACCGACUGGGUUCAUGUGAAGAGCAGUCCUGGAAAUGAAGAUCAUACUACAAGCGGAAAAUGCAGAGAUGCUGGAUACUUCAUGUAUCUUGAUACUAAGGAUGGCAAGACAGGUCAAAGUGCUGUUCUGGAGUCCAGGAUCCUGUACCCCAGAAGGGAUGAGCAGUGUCUUCAGUUUUUCUACAAAAUGACAGGCAGUCCAAUGGAUAAGCUCGUUAUAUGGAUGAAAAUGGAUGACGGAACUGGAAAUAUUCGAAAACUAGUUAAAAUUCAUACAUUACAAGCGGAUGGCAGCCAUUCAUGGAACAUUGCCCAUGUGACCAUCCCUGCGACAGCCAAGUUUCGUUAUGUUUUCCAAGGAAUAAUUGGUAACUCCAGUGAUUCUUCAGGUGGUAUUUUCCUGGAUGAUGUCACACUUACCGAGACCAAGUGUCCUUAUGGUGUCUGGCACCUGAGGAACUUCACCGAAAUGCUUCAAAACAAUUAUAGCAAGGACAUACUUAGUCCAUGUUUCUAUAGCCCGGAAGGAUAUCGAUAUGGUUUAAAAUUAAGACCUUAUUCUCGUUAUGAAAAUUAUACAGGGAUCUUUUUCCACCUGUGCAGUGGUGAAAAUGAUGAUAUGCUUGAAUGGCCGGCUGGGAACAGACAAGUUACCAUUUCAGUAAUGGACCAGCAUCCUGAUGUGAAACUCAGAAUGUCGUCUACUCUAAGCUUCACUACAGAUGGAAGUUUUGUUAUAUCAGACAGAAAUGAUACAUUCUUUUGGGACAAGCCUACAUUAACUGGAUACUACGAUGAUGCGUGCGACUGUUACCGGAGUCCCUCCUGGGGAUGGGCAGGAUUCAUAUCACACACACAGCUCCACCGCAGAAGUUUCUUAAAAAAUGAUGACCUCAUUAUUUUUAUUGAGUUCAAUGAUCUGACUCCACUGAUUUAUACAGAAGUGCCGAUUCAUCCUAUAAGCUCUCCCUUAAGGCAUCGGCGAGCAGUGGAAGAGUCUGGAAUCUCAGCAGAACAUCAGCCACAAGAUCUCCUCAGAGAGGAGUGCAGUCCCGGCUAUUGUCUGAAUGGUGGAAUAUGUGUUAUUGUGAAUGGGAAAGCAAGUUGCAGGUGUGCGUCAACUCAAAUACACCAGCACUUUGGUGAUCGCUGUGAGAGAGCACAGGUUCAUGGCACAGUCCUGGGAGUACUGGUUGGUGCAAUUGCAGCAGCCUACCUCCACUGCAGAGUUAACAGACAAACCGGACAUCAAGGAUGGUUAACUAGGUGAAUCCUGGACUAUAGAAAGUCAGUUUAGCUGAGCUGAGGAAUUGUGUAAGAAGUCAAUCUAGAAGCCACCAAACAGGAAAUCGGAUUUAAAAAAAAUAGAUGCAAAAGGAACUUGUAUAAAGUGGCAGAUUAGCUGUAUGCCAGAUAUAUGGAAAGAUCAAUAAGUGCAAAAGGAAUAAUGAAGCAGUCAGUACUUGCUUGAGGCCUUAUGGAAAGUAAGUGAAGACAGGAGAUUAGCAAUCUGCAGAGGGCUAGAUCUGUGGCAUUCAAGGAUGGCAAUCCAGUGCUUUACAAGAAGUCAAGCUACAGCCUACAGAAAGCCAUCAUGAGAGCAAAAAGGCUGAAGUUAGUAUGAAGUUAGUGACACAGUCAGCUGUGUUAGGGACUAUGUUGGAGAUAUGUGAAUAUAGCAGAUAAUAAUUCAAACAAGAACCAGUCUUCAGUUCUUAAUGUAAAUUGUAAAUUGCAUGCAGUAAACAAGUUAAAAGCAUGCUUUUUGCAAAUAAACAAUAUUGUCUGUAGAGCACAGGCUAGUCCACAGUAGGGGGAUGGGUGCUCAAGGGACGCAACGUAAGACAAUGGGGUUAUGUCAAUUGGCCUGCAUCAAACCAGACAACAGGGGCUAAGAUAUUUGCACCACUGUAAACAAGUUCAAGCAAGCUUGAGGAUCAGGCUGAUAUUGUCACUUAGCACAUCAAAGAGCUGACCUAUCAGUAGUUGGGAGAUUUGUGUACUCAGAGAGUCAGCCCAAGCUUCUUUACCUCUGUACCUCCCCCUACAAUUGGAUCCUUGACUUCCUAACCAGAAAACCACAGUCUGUGCGGAUUGGUGAUAACAUCUCCUCCUUGCUGAUGAUCAACACUGGUGCACCUCAGAGGUGUGUGCUUAGCCCACUGCUCUACUCUCUCUAUACCCAUGACUGUGUGGCUAGGCAUAGCUCAAGUACCAUCUAUAAACUUGCUGACAAUACAACCAUUGUUGGUAGAAUCUCAGGUGGUGACGAGAGGGCGUACAGGAGUGAGAUAUGCCAACUAAUGGAGUGGUGCUGCAGCAACAACCUGGAAUUCAACAUCAGUAAGGCGAAAGAGCUGAUUGUGGACUUCAGGAAGGGUAAGACGAAGGAACACAUACCAAUCCUCAUAGAGGGAUCAGAAGUGGAGAGAGUGAGCAGUUUCAAAUUCCUGCGUGUCAAGGUCUUUGAGGAUCUAACCUGGUCGAACAUAUUGAUGCAGUUAUAAAGAAGGCAAGGCAGUGGCUAGAUUAGGAGUUUGAAGAGAUUUGGUAUGUCAACAAGUGCACUCAAAAACUUAUAUAGUUGUACCAUGGAGAGCAUUCUGACAGGCUGCAUCACUGUCUGGUAUGGGGGGUGGGGGGGCUACUGCACAGGACUGAAAGAAGCUGCAGAAGGUUGUAAAUCUAGUCAGCUCCAUCUUGGGUACUAGCCUACAAAGUUCCCAGGACAUCUUCAAGGAGCGGUGUCUUAGGAAGGCAUCUUGAGCACCCGAGGCAUGCCCUUUACUCACUGUUACCAUCAGGUAGGAGGUACAGAAGCCUGAAGGCACACACUCAGCAAUUCAGGAACAGCUUCUUCCCUUCUGCCACCCGAGUCCUAAAUGGGCAUUGAACCCUGGGAUAUAGUAUUUCUGUUUUUUGCACAAUUUUUAAUCUAUUUAAUAUACGUAUGCUGUAUAAAAUAUACUGAAUAAGAUUUAUUUAUUUAUUUAUUUAUUUAUUAUUUUACUCUUCUGUAUUAUACAUUUCAUUGAAUGCUACUGCUAAGUUAACAAAUUUCACAUCACAUGCUGGUGAUAAUAAACCUGAUUAUGUACUUUUGGGUGCCUGGGAUCCUUGUCCCCAGUUUUUGGACUAUUUGUGUCAAUUACUUUGUCCCAACAAAAGUUUUGAACAUUCAGAGGUGUAUGUCACUGUACAUACGUAACUUAAAGGAAGCAUUGUCAAUCAAAUAUAUUGAAAUGAAUAAUGUUGUAACUAUUGAAAUUGUAUUGAAUCACCUACUGUUACCUUUGAUCUAAGGGUAUAAAAAUGUGAUGUACUUUGAGCUUGUGGCACCCUACCGAGAGGGUCUCCAGAAGAAUCCUACUUGUUGUGAUGAGUGAAAACUUCUAUAGCACCAGCUUCAGUAUCUGUCCGGUGAUCUUGAUCAGUCACACGAGGAUGCACAACAGCUGUGGCCGAACUAGGCCAUCUGGCCCAUAGAGACUGCUCCACCAUUCAAUCAUGGCUGGUCCUUUAUUCUCCUCCUCCAUAACCUUUGAUUUUGUGUCCAGCUAAGGACCUGGCUACUGUACAGUGACCUGAAUACAACUCCUAUCAAAGUCUUUUUAUCCUUACAAUUUUAAAACUCUACCACAAGGAUUCUACAUCUCCUGAUCCUAUGUCAUCUCUUUCUAAGGAUUUGAUUUCAUUUUCUACAAACAAAACCACCCCAUCCCUUCUGCUUCAUUACAAUGUGUAUCUUUGGAUGUUAAGCACCCAGCUAUGAUCUUCUUUCAGCUACAUCUCAGUGAUGUUAACAACAUCAUACCUGCCAAACUCUGAGGUGCUACAAGGCCAUAAAAAUUAUUCUGUGUACAGCUUGCAUUCAAAUAUCACACCUUGAGCCCUGUAUUCAUCCCCCUUUUCGAUUUUGCCCCCAUGUUACACUUCAACUCAUCCCACAGACUGCAAUUUUACCCAAUCAUCUGCCUAUCCUUCCUCACAGUCUCACAACACACUGCAUCAACUUCUAUACCAACUGCUCCAUCCUUAGUCCUGUCACUUUGGUUCCCAUCCCCUGUCAACUUAGUUUAAACUCUUCCUAAAAGCUCUAGCAGCAGUGUAGAGGCAUCCCCACUGGACUUCGAGGCGAGUAUUCCGAGGUGUGAAUUCGGCCUGCUCCUUGCAUGCUUUCCAUCCCUGCUGGGUUGAGUAUCAAGCUAGCAACAUGGCCUCAUAAAAAGCAGACAAAAGUGCUAAAGAAAAGUGAGGAAUGCUGCUCCAAUCUGCUAAUUAAACUUGCUGAGGAUGCUACACUGAUUGACCUAAUCUCAAAUAAUAACGAGGCAGCCUACAGAGAAGAAAUUAUCAUCCUGACACAGUGGUGUCAAGAAAACAACCUCUCCCUUAAUGUGGCAAAAACAAAGGAGCUGGUUGUGGACUACAAGAGGAACGGAGACAGGCUGACCCCUAUUGAUAUCAAUGGAUCUGGGGUUGAGAGGGUGAACAGCUUUAAAUUCCUUGGCAUACACAUCACUGAGGAUCUCAUGUGGUCUGUACAUACUGGCCGUGUGGUGAAAAAAGCACAGCAGCACCUCUUUCACCUCAGAUGGUUGAAGAAGUUUAGUAUGGGUCCCUAAAUCCUAAGAACUUUCUACAGGGGCACAAUUGAGAGCAUCCUGUCUGGUUGCAUCACUGCCUGGUAUGGGAACUGUACCUCCCUUAAUCGCAGGACUCUGCAGAGAGUGGUGCAGACAGCCCAGCGCAUCUGUAGAUGUGAACUUCCCACUAUUUUGGACAUUUACAAAGGCACAUGUGCAAAAAGGGCUCGAAGGAUCAUUGGGGACCCGAGCCACCCCAACCACAAACUGAUCCAACUGCUGCCAUCCGGGAAAUGGUACUGCAGCAUAAAAGCCAGGACCAACAGGCUCUGAGACAGCUUCUUCCACCAGGCCAUCAGACUGAUUAAUUCACGCUGACACAACUGUAUUUCUAUGUUAUAUUGACUGUCCUGUUGUACAUACUGUUUAUUACAAAUUACUAUAAAUUGCACAUUGCACAUUUAGACAGAGACGUAACAUAAAGAUUUUUACUCCUCAUGUAUAUGAAGGAUAUAAGUAAUAAAAGUCAAUUCAAUGCGCCACAAGGUGCGGAAAGGAACAACAACAAAAGUUCUAGCGACCCUGCCUCGAUGUGUAUCUACCUUGAGUUCAGAUGUAACCUGUCCUUUUUGUACAGGUCAUACCUUCCCCAGAAGAGAUCCCAAUGAUCCAUAUAUCUGAAACCCUGCGCCCUGCACCAGUUUGUCGGCCACUCAUUCAUCUCCACUGUCAUCCUAUUCCUACACUGACUAGAAUGAAAUGCUGGGAGUAAUCCAGAAAUAACUGUACUGGAAGUUCUUUUCUUCAGCCUCAACCCUAACUCCCUCUACUCAUUGCACAAGACCUUUUCCCCCUUUCUAUCUAUGUCAUUGUGUCAUGACCUCUGGCUGCUCACCCUUCC